AGGGGCCUAACUGUGACAGAUGACGGACGAUUUUCGAGUUUAUUUUACCAGAAUUUUUAUUGUCUUUGGUUGUUUCAACCGUGCUGAAACGUCCAAUCGAUCGGAUUAGUUGUAAUUAAAUAAAAUACAAAAUGUCUGUUUGGGCGACACUAAAUCGUACUGUUUUCAAGCGAACCUCGACUUUUGCCUUAGCUGUAGCUUCAGGCACCUUCUUCUUUGAAAGAACCUUUGAAGUGGCGUCUCAAUCGAUAUUCGAGAGAAUAAACAAGGGAAAACUCUGGAAUGACAUCAAGCACAAAUAUGAAUAAAGAAAUAGUCAAGGCAAUAGAAAUGGAAA